AUGGCCAACGCAAUGGCUGAGUGUGAGGGCGUGCCGAUAACUCUCCCCAAUGCCGCCCAUAGUCGACAAAAGCUUAACAACUCCUUCCAUCCGCAAGUCGCGGCCAGCCCGCAAGUCAUAGGCUUCACUCCGCGCUUCGAGGUCGGCGCGCAGCUCGGUGAAGGCUCCUACGGCGUCGUUAACGUCUGCCGCGAGAAAGCCGUAUUGACACGUCAGCUGUCGCGCCAACCUAGCUACGGCACAAGCAAACUUCAUCUUCAUCCGGGCGCCGCCGCCGCCGUUGCCGCGGUUGACGGAACUGCUGCGGCUGCCGGAAAGUGCGCCGCGAAGGGCGCCGCAGAUGGCGGAGGAGGCGGCGACAGCGACGAGGAGAACGGGGUCGAGCGACCGGAGAUCGUGGCGAGCGUGGAGAGGGUUGGAGCGACCGAGGCGGCGCUUCUUGCGGCGCGAAUUACGGCGGAAGAGGUGGCGGGAGACGCAGAAGGGAAACAACCAGCAGCUCCGGCGAGGACCGCGGCGGAACCGCCGGCCGCGGGCAAGAUGUACGCGUGUAAGACGGUGGAUAAGAUUCUCAACGUGGAAGGCGGCGCGGCGACUCAGAAGCGGUUGUCUGCUCGCGAUAUAGAGGUGCGCGUUACCGCGCUGAAGCACGAGAUUAAGGUGCUCAAACACGUGGGUUAUCACCCGAACAUUGUGAAAGUUGUCGGAGUGUACAAUAACGAGAAACGGCUGCGUCUCGUUAUGGAACUGUGCGAUGCGGGGGACCUGCUGGGGCUUCUAACGAAUCCUCCCAAGAAGCCGCAGGCGGAAGCCAAUCACGGGGGUGCGAAUAAAGAAGGUGAUCCUAACAAAGGAGCACCAGUCAAAGAAGCCAAGCCUGAGCAGCCGCAUGGGAAACCUUUCACAAAAAUCUCGCAAUUUUUCAAAGGGCUAGCUAAGGGGACUGUCGACCCAAAAACGCCAGAAUCCGGGGCUGCUAAUAACGGGGACGGCAGCAGCAGUGGUACACAGCCCGAAAAAAUGCUGCAAACAGGGCUAUCAGAGCGGCAAACUGCACUGAUGUUCCGACAGCUGGUGAAGGCAGUUGAGCACUGCCACUCGCGGCACGUGAUUCACCGAGACAUCAAGCUGGAGAAUGUGCUGCUGAACCACUGCCGCUGCAGCAAAUGCAAGCCUGCUGACUCAGGCGAAGGAGGGCAGGAGAAUGGUCAACAGAAGCAGCAGCAGGAGCAGGAGCAGAAGCAAGGCGAGCCGUCUACCUGCUCCGGUUACGUCAUCAAACUCGCGGAUUUCGGGCUGGCGAAACUGCUGCAGCCGACGCAGCCCAUGGCGAACGGUAACAAGGGCAGCCAGCUGUACAAGGCACCAGAGGUAGCCCAAAGCCGGUGGUAUACCACCCAGGCUGACAUGUGGUCCCUAGGCGUGGUGCUGUACGCUUUGCUAAGUGCCAGGUUCCCGCCGAGAGAUGGGGAUGGGAUGGUGGCAUGGGAGGCGGUUUCGGAUCAGAGGUUGCUGUUUAAGGGGGGGAGCUGGAAGGAGGUGAGCGGUGAGGCGAAGGCGCUGGUGGGUGUGCUGCUGUCGUGGGAUCCGAAGGGGCGUUUGGAUUGCGGGCAGGUGUUUAAUCACCCGUGGCUGAUGCAGCACUGCAAAUGA